GAGCCAGAGUGGUCAGGAUCCCUCGCAGCUCCGACGCGGAGAUCCUGACACGCUCCAACCCCUCCGCCAUCUUCGCGGCUGCUGCUACAGCGGCACCUACUCCGCCACCGCCGCGCGCAGCCAGGAAACCACGACAGACGAGCGGCGCCCGCGCUCGCCCACCUCCCACCCUUUUCCCCGCCCCCUCCCUCCCCAAACGACGGUGGCCGCACUGGGAGGAAAAGCGUUGCACGCACGUUCUGCCGCGGGAGUGGGAAAGAGCCGAAGCGCGAUCCUGGGCGGGAGAGGCGGACGCUGCGCGUGCGCAGAGUUGUAGUCGGGACUAGGUGAACCCAGGCUGGACUUAGAGGCGCGGCGCCUGUGAGAUUUUUUAUGUUUCUAUAACUACCUCUGACUAUUGCAUAGUAUUAUCUUAAAUGACCUCAUACCCUUGGCCUCUGGUCCUGGGCCAAGAUGGGCCAAUCAGAUUCCUUACCCAGAAUUUUUUGAACUGAGGCUGAGAAAGCAAACUUCAGUAUGGAAGCUAUAAAAUGCAAAACACAGAUGUCAGCAGCCACGUGUCCUGCCAUGUGGAACCAGCUGGUCUGCAAUGAAAAAGAAUGAAGCCAACAUGCAGAAAGCAGCAGAGGUGAGAAGCGAACCAUGUGUGCUCAGUACUGCAUCUCCCUUGCUGAUGUUGAGAAAGCUCAUGUGAACAUUCGAGAUUUUAUCCACCUUACACCAGUCCUAACAAGCUCCAUUUUGAAUCAAGGAACAGGGCGCAAUCUUUUCUUCAAAUGUGAACUCUUCCAGAAAACUGGAUCUUUUAAGUUUCGUGGUGCCCUUAAUGCAAUCAGAGGCUUGAUUCGUACCACUUCAGAAGGGAAGAAACCCAAAGCUGUUGUUACCCACAGCAGUGGAAAUCAUGGCCAGGCUCUCACCUAUGCUGCCAAAUUGGAAGGUAUCCCUGCUUAUAUUGUGGUGCCCCAAACAGCUCCUAAGUGUAAAAAGUUGGCAAUACAAGCUUAUGGAGCCUCUAUAGCGUACAGUGAACAGAGCGAUGAGUCCAGAGAAAAGGUUACAAAAAGAAUUAUAGAAGAAACAGAAGGCAUUAUGGUACAUCCCAACCAGGAGCCUGCAGUGAUAGCUGGGCAAGGAACAAUUGUCCUGGAAGUGCUGAACCAGGUUCCCUUGGUGGAUGCAGUGGUGGUACCCGUAGGGGGAGGAGGAAUGGUUGCUGGAAUAGCAAUUACAGUUAAGGCUCUGAGACCUAGUGUGAAAGUAUAUGCUGCUGAACCCUUGAAUGCAGAUGACUGCUACCAGUCCAAAAUGAAGGGGGAACUGACCCCCAAUCCUUAUCCUCCAGAAACCAUAGCAGAUGGUGUCAAAUCCAGCAUUGGCUUCAACACCUGGCCUAUUAUAAGGGACCUUGUGGAUGAUGUCUUCACUGUCACAGAGGAUGAAAUUAAGCAUGCAACUCAGCUGGUGUGGGAGAGGAUGAAACUACUCAUUGAACCUACCGCUGGUGUUGGAGUGGCUGCUGUGCUAUCUCAACGUUUUCAAACAGUUUCCCCAGAAGUAAAGAACAUUUGUAUUGUGCUCAGUGGUGGAAAUGUAGACCUAACCUCCCUAACUUGGGUGAAACAGGCUGAAACACCAGCUCCACAUCCAUCUGUUUCUGUUUAAUCUAUGCUAACAGAGGAGAUGGGAUUUAGUGUCUCUAGACCCUUGGAAAUUUUGUUUUCUUGUCUUUGUCAUAAACUGUCAACUUUCAAUCAUCCCCUCUUAAAUAGUUUUCAAAAUCCCAAUUAAGAGUUGCUAUUAUUGAGUAAGAUUUAAUAGUUUUUUGGACUAAGUAGUAAUAGAAAAACAUACUUAUUUAACUGAGACCCCUUGCCAAGGUCAAGAAGAACCAUUUGUGAAAGGCCUAUAGGCUGAAGUAGAAAACAACUUUGCCAUAUUACAACCUGUAGGUUCCUGACCCUAGAGGGCUAACUGGCAAUAUGAAUCCCUUUGAAUCUAUUACUCCAUGUCCACUUCAGGAAUUGCUGAAGAAAUCUCACUUUUCACCCAAGAUGCUGGUUCUGGAACAUAUGGAUCGUAAGUCCAUUUGGGGAAAACUCGUUUAUAGAGGUUCAUUAGUACUGUGUCCUGAGAUUUUAGCUUCCCAUCAAAAGUGCACUUCAUGUGGCCAUGAGUACCUAGAAAGAAAACAGAGCAAACUGAUCAAAUUGAAAGUGGGAAAUUUUAAAGCAGUGGUCCUCUAACUAAUAGUAAUUUAAUAGCAUUGGGGAAAUCUUGACGAGGUCCCACACUUCACAUUCUCUUACCCAAAGGCUCCUUGAUGUGUCCCCUGCGGCCCCACUUUGUUCUCAGUUCCACCGGUUUAAACCACAGCACAUCCUCUUAGAUUGAAACACAUAGAAGACAAAGAUGAAACAUUUACCCACAAAAUGUAAACCAAAUCCUCACCCCAUAAAGGCAACCAGAUCCCAUCCUCCUCCUUCAUGCCUCCCUACCUCUGUUGAAGAACAUGUAUCGCACUACUGCCAUCUUAGUAAAAAUUUUGAAGGGAUGACCACUCAGAACAACCCUCUUGAUGACCAUUCUUUCCGGAUCCACUGACAACAGAUGGCCUGUAGCAAUGAGGCUGUGCAUUCCUACAGGGCAAGAGCAAGACAAUUAUUUAGGAAUCCACAGGGCAAUGCCUUCAUUUAUUGCUCCAAUCCACUGAAAGACUUAUGCAUGAUUUUCUUGAAGAUCCCUUGAAACAGGGAUGCCAGUUUUGCUGCCCUGCUUGGUCCAUGGCAAAGACCACUAAAUGGUAAUUCUGCCAAGCCUGUCCCCAGAACCUAUCCUAAAUAUGGCAUACUAAGCAGCCUCUACCAAUUAGCUAAAGUUUGCAAACAAGAUAAAACCCCCUUUGUCAUCCCUGUUUCAGACCCACUGUAAUACUAUUAAUUGACUAUUAGGCUCCCAAAUCUAAGAAAGAGUGUUAAAUCUAUUUAGCCCUGCCUGUUCACCUCUGUGAGCUCAACUUACCAUUGCUAUUCUGUUUGAAAAGCAGCACAGAUGCAGGAGGAAAAGUGACUGGGGCAUACACUGUUAAUACCAGGGCCACAUCAGCAGUCAGGAAUCGCUGAAAUUUAUGCUUAUCCGCUAUAAUAGUGAGUUUCCAAAACAAACAAACAAAAACAUUUUGAGAAACCACAGACAAUCCAGGGGCCAGUCAACCUGUGAAGAACUGUAUCAGUGCAACUCCUAAACUUAAGGCAACUUGUGUUUCUUUAACCCAUUCUCAAUCCUUUUUUCUGUCUCAAUACAACUAAAAGAUACCCAAUGGUUUUUUCAACUACAGACAGAAUCUUGUAGCUUGGAAUAUAUUUGGAGGUUCAAAAACUUCUCCAGCUGAUUCUAAUGCCCAUCAUUCCUACCUAACUUAAUAAUCAGUGCUUUAUAGAAAAUAUCCCACCUAAAUCAACAGCUCUUAGUCUUGAGCAGGGGUUGGCAAACUUUUUCUAUAAAGGGCCAGAUGAUAAAAUAUUUUACGCUUUGCAGGCCAUGCAGUCUGUUACAACUACUCAACUCUACCGCUGUAGUACAAAAGUACUGAGACAAUACGUAAACAAAGGAGCAUGACUGUAUUCCAAGAAAAAAUGAUUUUCAAAAGUAAGCAGUGGUUCUCUACAGAAUUUAAUAGAGUAACAAGGCUAGAAAACAUCUACAUCUUGAAGAGCCUUUUACAACCAUGUUGUAUGAUGACAAAUGUUACUUUCUCCUUAAAAUUGGACAGUUGAUUCUUAUGGUCCAAAUGAUGGAACUAUUAUUAAUAUUUGUUUGCAUUAACCAUGAGAAUUCAUGUUAAAGUACAAUAUUGCAUCUAUCAGUUGGAGAGUGUAAAAUUUUCAGACAGUAUCUCAAAAACAAAAUUUUACUUUUAUUACAAAGAAAAUGUAAUUUUUCUGUCAACUAUACUUUUUUAUUGAAAACUUUUAAUAACUUUGCUUUUAAAAUUUCUUUUAAAAGCCUUUGCAAGUUACAUUAGUUUAAUAAAAUACUUUAGCCACACCCACACACCCACACACCCACACACCCACACACACACAAAAUAAGCAGUGGGACAGAUCUGGCUCAAUGGCCAAUAGUUUGCUGACCCUGGUCUUGAGGACUAUCUGGAGCUUCUGUUUUUACCUUCAAUGUAACUCACCCCCCUUUUAAUACUAAAGCUACAGGAGGGAGGAAAUCUUUGAAGGGAAAGAAAAAUUAAUCCCUCAUUUUAGACAGCAUAGCUGGAAUGAGAAUAAAAGUUAUCCAGAGUAUCCAUUAACACUUCCUUCAUUGUUUCCUUCUGCCAUUGCUCAGAGCUAUUGUCCAAAAGCCCCAAAGUUAGUAAGUAACACAUAUUCCCAAUCCUAACAUGCAAGAGUACAAUCAUUUUUGUCCCUGGCUACUAUUCUCCAAACUCUAAUCCAGGCUCAACAUCUCUGUACCUCUGCCUUACCCAACUGUUAGCCAUACCUCACCUCCAUCCCUUCACCCAUAUUGCUACUGGCAUAUCACAUGCCAAGGGUUCCAAACUUUGGCACACUCUUUUUAUAAUGUUGCCAACUCCCAUGAAAAACUACUCUGGAACAAAUACUUAUGGCAGAGAAGCCUCAGCACCACACAGAGGUUGCAUCACUGGGAUGCUUCAGACAGGUUCAGACAUUUUGGAUAAAAACAUCAUAGGCUUCUAAACCAGAGUACUGAAAAUACCUCUAACCCAGAGACCUCAAGUUUGAAACUGCAUUCUGUACCACCACCAACAACCUAAAAAAAAGAGGGGGAGAUGUCUUAGAGUCAUAGUCCCCAAAAAGACAAGGACCCACAUGUUUCCCCACUGAUAACCUGCAGUGUGCUGAGAGAAUAAAGGUGAGGCUCGGAAGCGCCUGAAUCCACAGUGGAAGAUCAGCUCCUCUUUGGCUUUCACAGGUUCAGUGUUGCCAGGGUGUCGGUUCACUACCAUAUUCAAUACUGACAUCUGGAGACCAAGUAAGAAAAACGGAACUUUAGUCUAGCAAUACAACAGCCUAACCUCAAAGAAGUCAAAUCAAACUAGCAGUUCAGAUUCACUCUAGGAACUAAUAAUGCUAGUUAACGGUGGAGUGCAGAAGGUGUGACACAGAUUCAUCCUUCACCUCCAACUAACUACUCACAUUACCUCAAAGAAACACAGGCUGAUUUUCGGAGCUUUCCUGCACCCAUUCUAUGCUAGCUUACUUUCCCACAGGAACACACAGAGUUCAAUCUCUGCUAGAGUCAGUGGCCUUCAAGUCACUCACACCUAAAAAUAACACCCAUUCAAGCCCCUUCCUCCCCAAAUCUUUAUGCACACUGACCAAAGAUCAGAGCUCUCACACACCAACAGGACUACUAGCCACCAAGAAAAAGACAGCUGCACCUUGGCCUAACCCCCCUCUAUUUUUAAGGCUGCUAAUCCUUUUCAAAAUCUGAUCUGAAAAACAUACUUAUCUCAGAGAAGUCUCAGAACCACAUAGAUUGCAUCACUGAGAUGCCUCAGACAGGUUCAGACAUUUUGGGUAAAAGCAUCAUUGACUUCUCUAUAUUAUUCAUUCUCUCUGAUUACUAAUCCUAAAGGCAGAAUUUCAUAUCCCAAUGAGCAAAAUAUCAGUCCCAUAAACAGAACUUUAGACUAAGUCAGACAGAACUGGUUGAGAAGUUUCAUAACUCCCUGUAAGACACUAAUUUACCUUCUGUUCAUGAGGUAAUAAGGAAAAUGCAAUCAAGGGUGCUCCUUGCCUGAAGUACUCAACCACUGAGACAGGGACUUCAGAGACAUGAAUUGUCACAUACCAGCCAAUCUGCCAGAAGAAAGCAGAAAACAAUCACAGGGUUACCCUAAGGGCCCAAUUAUUAUGACACAGACUAUUUCUCCAAAUCUGUUAAAAGUCUCAAGACUACCCAAAAGCCAACCCUUGCCCUUCAAGAUUGUCUUUCACAUAUGCUUCAACUACUCAGAUUCAACUUUUUCAGCUAACAUCUCUGGUACCUCUUUGUUCCCAAAUCACGCUUGUUGACAACUCAGUGGCUCCCCUGAUUCAGUUAUGGGCAGCACAAAACUAAAUAAAGGUACUCACUCAUUCUUGUGCCAGGAGAAGGAGUAAAUAAGGGGCAUCCUAGCAAAGGAAGGCAAACUGGGAAGGGACAUGGACAAGGGAAGACAGAUACCUCAGCUCCUUCAACCUCUUUUUCCUCAAUCUCUUUAAAGAUGCGUUUCCUAGUAUUAGUAAAGUUCUGAAACUGAAAGAUCCUAGCAUAAUCUUGAGGAAGGUUUUCCUUGGGAUCCCAUGGAGAUGUCCGGAAGCUCUUCAGGCCUCUGUAUUUCUGAAAUCUAGAAUAUAGGAUAUUUUAAAGAAAUUAACAUGUUAGAUUGAUAUGGUGCUACUUAUCCUUUCACUCAAGUCACUUCUAAAAUGGCUAAGGUCUCUAGCUUAAAAGAACUCUCACCUGCAUCUCUCAAAAUAACCUGACAGACAAAAGCAAGACCAUACUCCAAAAAGCUUAUAAUAAACAUUUCAGAACCAAACCCAAGCUUCUCAGUGAGAAAGAUAUUUACAGUGGCUCCCCUAGAGUCUACCAGGAAAUGACUCUUUAACUUAACAAGGGCCUUAAAAGUCCUAUCUUUCUAAUAUUUGACGUAAACUCUAUGACUUUUAGGCAGACUCAUCUCUGAGCAGACAUGAUCAUCUACAUCUCCAUGCUUUUACUCUUGCUGUUUGACCCAAACCCCAUCCCCACCCCCAAACCAUAGUUAGCUCCUACAGGAAGCAUUUUCUAGUUAACCUUAAUAUUUCUCCUUUGUUAAAAUCCUGUAACAUUACUUGUCUGUACAACAUAAUCUAUAACUUGAUUAUAUAAUACUGUUUCACCUUAUCUAGAAUGUGAACCCUUCGGGGCAGGGAGGAUGUUUUUCCCUUCUUGCAUUACCCUAACAUUGUUCUAAGCCUCAUAUGCUUUAAAUAAAAACUUACUGAUUGAACUUAA